GGGCUGAAACUUUUAGCCGCGGUGGUUCACGUGCAGAAGUGCUUCCGGAAAUGGAUGAGCAAGACGCUGCACGCGGCGUUAUUGAAAGAGGAAGAAACCAGGAAAAACCGCGAGGCGUAUGUGAAAAACGUUUUAGACGGCUUGGACUUCCCCGACGCGGACAACAAAACCACGUCGGGGGAGAAGAGACACUUUCAAGACAUGUUCGUCGACGAGGACGGCGCGGAGGUGCAGAUGCGAGACUCCGAAAUCCGGAACUACAUCGCGCCGGAAGAGUACAAGAAGGCGCGGGACAACGCGAAUCUGAAGCAAACCGACUUCUACAAACUGGAGGAGGGCCGGGUCGUGAAUUACAUCCAGCAGAUCGAGAGAAUGCACCCGGGCAAGAUGCUCCCGGACGGGGAGGUCGCGCAGAAGCAACGGAGGAAAGAGGAGCUGAAAAAGCAGAAGGAGAAGGAAGAGCAGGAGCGGUUGGAAAGGAGGAAGCAGCGGCACAAGGAUAUCAAAUCCAAAAAUGUCUGGGUCUGGAAAAGUGGAACUUGUGAUGCGUGUUGCAGAUCAUACAAGAAUCUGUGUUGCAUGACUUGCAAAAGGUGCCCUCUUCUGGCCAUCCUGAGAGGGCAUUUCUCAUGCAGAAUAGGCAUCACCAAGAGGCUGCAGAACCUGUGAUGCUAGGCCCUGCAUUCCAGACUUGGGGUAGCUUGGAAAAACUGCAUGACAAAUUUCCGAAUCUUCCAGACCCAGACAUUUUUGCAUUUGAUAAAGGAAAAACGAGAACUAAAAGAACGGCAAGCGCGGGAACGGGUGGCCCGCGGGGGGGUUCUGGAAUCCGCGAGCCUCGCGGACUUGAUGGGCUUGGCGGACCGGCGGAGGGACCUGAACAGACGCGCGUGGAACGCGGAUCUCUUGUCUCUAGGCGGGAAAAUGCCGAGUCUAGAGGGGGAGGAUUCGGACGAGGACCACCAUACAGGGUCGCACUUUGUCGACGGGCAUCUCCCCAGUUCGGACGAGGAACAGAAGAAGAAAGUGCGGGAAAAAUACGAGAAAAUGAUCCAGGGUUCAUCAACAUCUCCCGGUACCAGCGGUGGACCCGCAGCAGCAGG